AUGGGAAAUGAGAUGGGCAACACCAAUGUUUCAGGUUUCAAAGCAGCAGAAGACGAAGAAGAACCCAAGAUUGAAGCUGUUGGAGAUGAUGAUGAUGAUGAUGAUGAUGCUGGAAGUGAAAUUCACCAGGCACUCCUAGUCCCUUUAAGUGGAGCUAAAGAUUCUGAUGAAAGCCUCCAAGUGUUGUCUUCUGAUGAUGAUGGUGACGAGGAUGAUCCGUUUGGAAGCCAUAAGGAAACAACAUCAUUUGCAAGAGAUUCUGAAACAGAGGAGGGCAAGAUAAGUCAAUUAACCUCCCACACAAAAAUUGAAACAGGCGUGGUGGAGAAUUCUGCAGGAGAGGCACAAAUUGAAGGCGAAUUAUCAUUCACUGCUGAACAUAGAAACGUGCCUGAGUCUGAGAAUAUCAUUUCUAUGGCGGAAGAAGAGGAAGAUGAAAACUUAUCAACAAAGGAAGAUGAUCAGGAUCAACCAACCGCCAUUUCUAGUGAAAAGCCUGAAUCAUUAGCUUCUUCUCAGAAUAUUAUUUCUAUGGCGGAAGAAGAGGAAGAUGAAAACUUAUCAACAAAAGAAGAUGAUCAGGAUCAACCAACCGCCAUUUCUAGUGAAAAGCCUGAAUCAUUUGCUUCUUCUCAGAGUAUCAUUUCUAUGGUGGAAGAAGAGGAUGAUGAAAACUUGUCAACAAAAGAUGAUGAUCAGGAUCAACCAGACACCAUCUUUAGUGAACAGCUUGAAUCAUUGGCUUCUUCUCAGAAUAUUAUUUCUAUGGUGGAAGAAGAGGAAAAUGAAAACUUGUCAACAAAAGAAGAUGAUCAGGAUCAACCAACCGCCAUCUCAAGUGAACAGCUUGAUACAUUGGCUUUUUCUCAGAAUAUUAUUUAUAUGGUGGAAGAAGACGAAAAUGAAAACUUGUCAACAAAAGAAGAUGAUCAGGAUCAACCAGCCACCAUCUCUAGUGAACAGCUUGAAUCAUUGGCUUCUUCUCAGAAUAUUAUUUUUUUGGUGGAAGAAGAGGAAAAUGAAAACUUGUCAACAAAAGAAGAUGAUCAGGAUCAACCAACCGUUAUCUCAAGUGAACAACUUGAAUCAUUGGCUUCUUCUCAGAAUAUUAUUUAUAUGGUGGAAGAAAACGAAAAUGAAAACUUGUCAACAAAAGAAGAUGAUCAGGAUCAACCAGCCACCAUCUUUAGUGAACAGCUUGAAUCAUUGGCUUCUUCUCAGAAUACAAUUUCUAUGGUGGAAGAAGAGGAUGAUGAAAACUUGUCAACAAAAGAAGAUGAUCAGGAUCAACCAGCCACCAUCUUUAGUGAACAGCUUGAAUCAUUGGCUUCUUCUCAGAAUAUUAUUUCUAUGGUGGAAGAAGAGAAAAAUGAAAACUUGUCAACAAAAGAAGAUGAUCAGGAUCAACCAACCGCCAUCUCAAGUGAACAGCUUGAAUCAUUGGCUUCUUCUCAGAGACAUCACAUGGACAGUGAAAGCUCCAAUGAACAACUGAUCAUUCCCGAGAUAGAGGAUAAUAAAUCAGAAAGUGAAAGCUCCAUCUUCUCCAAUCAUGAUGAAACUUGCAAUAUUCAAGCAGGAAAUGAAUCCAAUGUUGAUCAGAUAAAUGAUCAUUCUUUGUUGGUGGAAUUUACAUUUGAUCCUCCUGAGGAAGUAGAAACAAUAUUGGCGCCAAUAGUGGAGAAAUUAGAGGUUAAAGAUGAUGAUAUCCCAGAGUCUGAGGAUAAUGAAAAGGAGGAUAUGACAGCCGGAGCGGAGGUUGUGGCAAUGUCAGAUGAAGAUGCGACAAGGCUCAGCAUUGAAUCAAUUUCAGAGAACCCAUGUCUCCAAAUUGAGCUGACAAAGUCCCCCAGCUUUGGAUUCGACUUUCCAAUAGAACCACGGACAGAAGAAUCCGAUCAGACUCCAUUGUUGUGCCAUGGGAGUGGGGUAGUAGCAGCAGAAGCAGGAGGAGAAGAAGAAGAAGAAAUGACUAGGUGUGAUCAGCAAGAGAAAAUGCAGGUGGAAGAAGAAAUCAAGAGUGUUGAUAAAAUGGAGAAAAGCGAUGAUUAUUAUUCAGAGAAGUCGAGAGGUCAGGAGGAGUUGAAGAGAUUUUUAAGAGAAGAAGAGGGGGAGAAACAAGAUGGGAGCUUGAUGGGGAAGAAGGAAACUGCAUGUAUGGGUAUUGAAUUGGCUUCAUCAUCAAAGAGUGCUGGGAGUUGGAAGACCAAGAUGAAGCAUUCUUUCUUCAGCUCCUGCAUCUGUUGUGCUGCAUCAACCAACUAG